AUGCACACUUUCAUGGGUACUUGUACUUACACACUGGUGGAUGUAUGUGACAAGAGAAGUAUCAUACCUCUCACCAUCAAAGGAAAAACAGAGGACCGAGGGCAACGAGCUGCAACAUAUCUCAGAGAAAUAUAUAUUGAUGUGUAUGGCAUUCGUAUUACACUGCAGAAAGAUAGGAGAACUUUGGUGGGUGAUACGCUUAUCAAUACACCGUGGACUGGACAUGUGGCAGGGGUUUCUAUUGCCACUGUAGGCCUGUAUACUGUCGUAAUCACUGACUUUGGAAUGCUAGUGAAGUUUGAUGGUAAUCACCACUUGGAGAUCGUGCUCCCUGAAUCAUACUAUGCAAAGGUGUGUGGUAUGUGUGGAAAUUUCAAUGACCAACAGAACGAUGAAUACCUCAUGCCAAAUUCACUUCAGGCAACUAAUGUAAUUGAGUUUGGAAAUAGCUGGAGGUCAAUAGACAGCGACACAAGGUGCUUGGAUGAUGACAGAGUGGAUCUCAGCCCACCAUGUACUGCAGCCCAGAGGCCAUCUAUAGAAAGUCAGUGCAGUGGACUUCUGUCAGACACCUACAGACCUUGUCAUCAACUAGUUGAUCCACAGCUGUUUAUUCAGUCUUGCGUGUAUGACAUGUGCAGAUAUGACAGCAUGAUUUCCACGAUGUGUGCUAUAUUCCAAGCCUAUGUAGAUGUCUGCAGAACACAAGGAGUAAAGAUUGAAUGGAGAAGUCCAUUAUUCUGUCCCUUGUCAUGUCCAAUUCACAGCAAGUACACAGACUGUGCAUCUCUCUGCCCAUCUACCUGCAAUAACAUAUAUGCCCCUGAUGUGUGUGAUAAGCCAAAUGCAUGUUUAGAAGGAUGCAUCUGUGAUGAUGGAUAUGUACUUAGUGGUGACCAAUGUGUUCCACUCGCGUCUUGCGGUUGCAGAGAUUCCAAUGAUAACUAUUACAAUAUUGAUGAAAGUUGGAUUUCACCUCACUGCACGCAGAAAUGUGAAUGUAAGAGGGGCAAUACAAUCACAUGUAAACCAUUUAGCUGUGUUAAUGGAAUCUGCAGUGUGAACAAGAAUGGCAAAUACAGCUGCAGACCAACAGGUUAUUCCAAGUGUACGGUAGCAGGUGAUCCACAUUAUAGCACCUAUGAUGGCCUGAACCAUCACUUCCAGGGCAAGGCUACUUACUUGCUGACACGGACCUCUUCUUCUUUGCAUGACUAUAUGGAGCCAAUUACUAUUGAAGGCAAAAAUGAGGCCAUGUUCUUAUUCAGUAAAUACAGUUUAUUAAGAGAGCUGCACAUUAAAGUGUACAAUCAUGUCAUAUCGUUCAGACAAGGCAAGAUAUUAGUGCUGAAUGGAGUGAGAACAGUCCCUCCUGUCCGUCCACAUGAAGGAAUAAACAUCUACCAGAUGCCAACUAGAAUCUUCCUGGAAACUGAUUUUGGUCUUUCUGUUAGCUUUGAUGGCAAUGAAAAUGCAGUUUGUAAGUUCUCAAGGGCCCUUACCAUCUUGUCUUGA